AGUGUUUAUGUGUACAAAGAAACUCCUCAAACACUGCAUAUGUUUAUCGUUAACAAUCUCUCUUAAAUUAGAAGAUUUGUAUUAAAGGACUUGCAUGCCAAAUUCCCAUAAUCACAAAUUUUUGAUUUUCCACAGACAUCAUUUCAUCGUCUACAUUUCUCCGGUGUCAAUUGUUGCCAAAACAUACCAGGACUUGCUUGCUCCUACGGUUUAGUAGGAUCAGGCAGCUAGCACCAAGGCGAGUACAGAAUAACUAGAACUUCAGGGAACAAGGACUUGGUUAUCUAGAUAUUUGAGUUGCUUGUCAUAUCAAGAGAGCAAGCAGAAAUGGACGAAAGGUUCUGGGAACUGUUGGAGGAGGCAAGCAUGCCAGUGUUGGAGGUUCUAAUAAUAACUGUUCUUGGAGCUUUCAUGGCAACUAAAUAUUGCAAUCUUCUAUCUGCUGAUGCUCGCAAACACUUGAACAAGAUAGUUUUUGUAGUAUUCUCUCCAGCUCUGGUGUUUGCGAGUCUCUCCAAAACUGUUACCCUUCAGGACAUCAUUUCAUGGUGGUUCAUGCCAAUAAAUAUAGGCCUAACAUUUCUCCUUGGAGGAAUUCUUGGAUGGCUUGUGGUCAAAUUACUUAAACCUGAGCCCCACGUUGCAGGUCUCGUCAUUGCUUGCUGUUCAGCAGGAAAUCUAGGAAAUCUACCAUUGAUUAUUGUCCCUGCAAUCUGUAUGGAAGAUGGAGGCCCUUUUGGAGACAUUGCUACUUGCAAAUCCCUUGGUCUCUCCUACGUAUCUUUCUCCAUGGCACUUGGUGGUUUCUACAUUUGGACGCACACUUACCACCUUCUGCAUUCAUCGUCAGAUGAGUAUAAAGCACUACAGGCGUCAAAAGAAACUCUAGCAAUCCAAAACGAACCCAACCAAGAUUUGGAUGCUACUCAGGAAUCCCACCUUCUCAAAUCAGCAGACAAACAAGAUCAAGACCAAGAAGCUAUCCAUUUUCAGUCAACAAAGAGCAUCGAUGAUGAUGAAUUUACAAAAAACCAACCUAUUGUACGACACAUGUCUACUACUGGGAAGAUCAGAAACGUAACAUUCAUGGUCAAACUAAAGGGUUUUCUUCAUCUGAUUGUGGAAGAACUACUUACACCUCCUACCAUUGCAGCAGUUCUAGGGCUCAUCUUCGGAGCAGUUACAUGGCUGAAAAACCUAAUCAUCGGUGACAAUGCACCUUUACGAGUGAUCCAAGACUCGGUUACAUUGUUGGGGAAUGGUGCAGUACCCUGCAUUACUCUCAUUUUGGGAGGUAACCUAACCCAAGGUUUGCGAUCCUCAAAAGUAAAGCCUCUGGUUGUUAUUGGGGUCAUUUGUGUAAAAUACAUGAUACUUCCUAUUAUCGGGAUAGGAGUGGUUAAAGCAGCUGAAACUCUAGGCUUACUACCUACGGAAAAAUUAUUUCAAUACGUUCUUAUGAUUCAAUUUUCCGUGCCACCUGCAAUGAAUGUUGGUACUAUUGCACAGCUUUUUGAUGUGGGUCAAGAUGAAUGCUCUAUUAUUUUAUUGUGGACAUACUUAGUUGCCGCCGUUGCUCUAACUAUUUGGUCUACAAUCUUUCUAUAUGUCCUUGCUUGAUAGGUUUAAUAACCUACUGUGGUACUUAGUAGCCGCCCUUGCUCUAACUAUUUGGUCUACAAUCUUUCUAUAUGUCCUUGCUUGAUAGGUUUAAUAACCUACAAGUUGCUAUACACAAAAAGGACCUUCCCAAAAACUAAAUUUUUAGAGGAUGAUAUAUCAAAUAUAAUACGAAGUUUUCAACAGAUAUCUGUUUCGACAUAUAAAGUAUAAUAUCAGUUUUGCUAUGCAAGUCUUGUCAUUGUAAAAGCUCAGUUGAGGGAAGAAAAGUUUGUACGCCUAAUGUGUCUCGAUAUGUAACAGAAUGCAUUCAUUAAAUUUUUUCCUAUUCUGGA